AUAGUUUAUUUGCUUAAAUAGAAUGAAAUUAUUGUUGUACAUAUCGUGCACAAGAUCACAAUCAUAGUCAAUUUGUUAAAUUUUUUUCCGCUUGUGUAUUCCAUUUAAACAGCCGAAAAAACGAAUUGAAGACGCAAAUUAAAUAAUGGCCCAAGUAAAAGUUCAUCGUCAAUCGGUACUUAUGUUUGUACUUGCCAUUUUGACACACAUUGUGUCCGCACUCUUUCGAAUAGCAGUUCGCAUUAAACGACCAAAAGCUCAGAUUUAGAUCUAUUUCAAUUGCGUUUAGUCACCAAAUCCGUACAUGAUAAAAGAAACACUGAACCAAAGAACUUGACAACAAACCAUCAUUAAAAGUGCAUUUACAACAAGACCACCGCCAUCACCAAGUUAGCGAUUGUAAUUAAACGAAAUUUAGUGCAUAACGUCUAGUGAUAAACAAAAAUGUUUGCUUUGUUAAGAUUGUCAACUAUUGGACGCUUGUCUCAAAUUGGAAUUAGAAGAAAAUCAUCAACGGCCGCUCAAAAUUUCCGUACAAUAUUACAAAACCAAUUGAAUGACGUGCAUGCAGCUGGUACAUACAAAAAUGAGCGUGUCAUAUCAUCGCCGCAAAGAACUGACAUCAAUAUUGAAGGAUCGUCGAAAAGUGUCAUCAAUUUUUGUGCGAACAAUUAUUUGGGCAUGUCUAACAACAAAGAGGUGGUCGAGUAUAGUAAGGAAAUACUUGAGAAAUAUGGAAGUGGUCUGAGCUCAGUUCGUUUUAUUUGCGGAACACAAUCUAUUCACAAGGAGCUGGAACGGAAAUUAUCCAAUUUUCACGAACGCGAAGAUACAAUUCUGUAUGCAUCAUGUUUUGAUGCAAAUGCGGGCAUUUUUGAAGUUAUCACCACACCAGAAGAUGCAAUUUUCUCCGAUGAACUAAAUCACGCUUCAAUCAUUGAUGGCAUUCGAUUAUGUAAAGCCCAAAAGCAACGCUAUUCACAUCGCAAUAUGGAAGAUUUGGAAGAGAAAUUAAAAUCGUCGAAUGCGCGCAUUAAAUUAAUUGUAACUGAUGGUGUUUUCUCGAUGGACGGCAACGUUGCACCGUUAGAUAAAAUUUGUGAUUUGGCUGAAAAAUACGGUGCAUUAACGUUCGUUGAUGAUUGCCAUGCCACAGGUUUCUUCGGGAGAACGGGAAGAGGAACUGAAGAAUUUUUCAACAUGAUGGGCCGGGUGGAUAUUAUAAAUUCAACACUAGGAAAGGCAUUGGGUGGUGCCGCCGGUGGGUAUACAACUGGUUCUCGUGAAUUGAUCGAUUUGUUGAAGCAGAAGUCUCGUCCGUAUUUGUUUUCGAACACCUUACCACCGGCUGUGGUUGGCAGUGCCAGCAAAGUCAUUGAUUUGCUUAUGCAUUCAUCGGAAUAUCCGCAACGAGUUCAAAGCAAUACGGAACGCUUUCGCAGUAAAAUGGUUGCGGCUGGAUUCACUAUUGCUGGUUCAGAACAUGCAAUUUGUCCUGUAAUGUUGGGCGAAGCAAGACUUGCCAAUGUCUUUGCCGAUGAAAUGCUAAAGAAAGGAAUAUAUGUAAUUGGAUUUAGUUAUCCAGUUGUUCCAAAAGGAAAAGCUCGAAUUCGUGUUCAAAUCUCUGCUGCUCAUACAACCGAGCAAAUAGAUCAGUGUGUCGAUGCAUUCAUCAGUGUUGGACGACAACUACAAGUCAUUCCAUGAAAUCAAACGAAAAUUCCCAAAACAAAACCGAAAAAACAAGAAAUUCAAAGCUGCAAUUUGUUUUUAAAAUAUCAUUAAUAUUGUUUUUCAGUUUAUAUAUGGUCAAAAUGAGAUAUAAUUUA